AUGGCAGCAAACAUGAGAAAUCGGAGAGCAAGAACUACGGUGGACCGACUCCCUGCGGUUGACAACCUCGACCUCCAAAUAGAAGACAUAGCUGCUAGAUUUAAGGAAUUCUCAGAAUCAGUCAAGGCGGCGCUCUCAAUUGAACAAGUAGGUGAAUUCUUGGAAGCUAAUGGCCAAGCUUUGUCUGGCUCUGAUGAUGCUCUUCUCCGAAGAUGCCAAGACUUGCUGUUUUAUGGGCCAUUGGAGAAAUGCCCAGUUUGCCACGGCAAUAAUUUGGAGUUCACUGGAUCUUAUUGUGCGUGUGCCACUUGCAUUUAUCGCUCUAAGUAUCCACCAAGGAAACGAGGGCCCAUCAAGUACCCUAUUAGCAUCGUCAAGCAAAUCAACCCUCGUUUCAACCCGGAUUGGGACCCUCCUUAUGUGGAAGGUCAAGGGUUCUUCGCCCGUUUUUGGUCAGAUGUUUUACGACCACACAAUCCAAGGGAGGCGGCCAGAGUGGAAAUAACACUAAAUAUAUUUCAGGAUGGCAUGAGGGAGAUCAAUGGCAGGAGGAUGAACAAUAUAACUUUUUGGAUCUAUGUAUACGUAGGGGUCACUCCUCGCCUGGAUGAGCUUCUAUUAUUUAGGUCACAGCUAGAGUCCAAAUUGACAGAAGAGGGGGAGAAUUCUUCCAAGAAGAAUGUUCGUGACAAGAGAAAGCAAGUUUCAGAGAUACCUGAUGAACAUUAUCCAGCAAAGAGGCAGAAAGAUGCAGCUCAAAAGCCAAAUAAAGCACAUGGGAAGGAUUCUGAUGUUCUGAACCCAGGUGAACAAACAGUGGAAAAGAUCAAACCAAAGGGUCACAAACCAGAUAUACAAAAUGAGCAACGGAUGAAAGAGCGUGUUCCAGAGGAAACAAAAGUAUAUGCUGACCAGUGCACUGCAUUUGUAUCAAAUAUUAACCUUAAGGCAAGUAUACGCCCCCAUGAUGUUGGGGGAAUGGUUGCUAUUAGAUUACUGCAUGACAAGUUCAAUGGAUAG